GCGGCGACGCUAGCAGCACUAAUGGCUUCAUGGUAUUUCUAAAAAGCUUCGCCUUCCAUCCUGAACCCAUAAUCUAACUUUAUCCAACUUCAUCACUACGUCUCUAUCCUCGAACGAUAUCGAUAGCACAAGAUGGCGUGGCGUAACCAAGGCACAACAGGCUCAAACAACAUUCCUUUGGGAACCAAACGACGCUUUGGAGAUGACAAUAGUCCGUCAGGUGGCAAUCACGGGGACUAUAACCAGCCGCCUUCGUCAGGCCAUGGCGAUGGCUACAGGCGUGGCCGUAGCCCGGAAAGACGCCCUGAGCCAAAUAAUGAUGCAGGCAAACCGGUCCGCAAGAAGAGAAACCGCUGGGGCGAUGCAACCGACAACAAAGCUGCAGGUCUGAUGGGGCUUCCGACCGCCAUCAUGGCGAAUAUGACCAGCGAGCAGCUUGAAGCAUAUACGCUCCAUCUUCGAAUUGAGGAGAUUAGCCAAAAGCUCAGAAUCGAUGAUGUCGUGCCAGCCGACGGCGACAGAUCACCGUCUCCAGCACCACAAUACGACAACUUCGGUCGCCGUGUUAAUACCCGCGAGUACAGAUACAGAAAGAAGCUGGAGGACGAGCGCCAUAAGCUGAUCGAGAAGGCCAUGAAGGUCAUUCCUAACUACCAUCCGCCACAGGACUAUCGCCGCCCAACUAAGACACAGGAAAAGGUCUAUGUGCCAGUCAAUGAUUAUCCAGAGAUUAAUUUCAUUGGCUUACUUAUCGGCCCUCGUGGAAACACGUUGAAAAAGAUGGAGACUGAAUCGCAGGCUAAAAUCGCCAUCCGUGGCAAAGGAUCCGUGAAGGAAGGAAAAGGCCGUUCGGACGCCGCCCACACCAGCAACCAGGAGGAGGAUCUCCAUUGUUUAAUCAUGGCAGACACCGAAGAGAAGGUGAACAAGGCCAAGAAGCUGAUUCACAACGUCAUUGAAACUGCCGCAUCUAUUCCGGAAGGCCAAAACGAGCUUAAGCGCAACCAACUGCGUGAGCUUGCGGCCCUUAACGGUACGCUCCGUGACGACGAGAACCAAGCUUGCCAGAACUGUGGUCAGAUCGGCCACAGGAAGUACGACUGCCCUGAGCAGCGCAACUUCACUGCAAACAUCAUCUGCCGAGUCUGUGGCAACGCUGGUCACAUGGCCAGAGACUGCCCGGACAGACAGCGUGGCGCAGAUUGGCGCAACGGGCCUCCUGCCCCUGGAGGAGGCCCUGGCGGAUUUGCUGGCCGUCCUGCAGCUGGCCGAAUUGGCGCUGGCGAUGCAGUUGAUCGUGAAUACGAGCAACUUAUGCAAGAAUUAUCUGGUGGUGCUCCUGCACCGAAUGGCGAAGCACCCCAACGUAUCGAAGCUGGCCCAGGUAGUUAUGACCAAGGACCUCCUGCUGAUGCCGGCGAUGUCAAGCCAUGGCAGCGUGGCCCGACUGGUGCUGCCGCCCCAUGGCAACAGCGGGGCCGCGGCGGCGAUGAUUACAACUCGCGUGACCAGGCACCUAGCGGCGGUGCGGCCCCAUGGGCUCGGGAUCGUGGCGGACGCUCUGAUGACAGAGACCGCCGCGGUGGUGGUGACUACUAUGGUGGCCAUCAUGACAACAGCUACGGCGCCCCGCCGCCACCACCACCUGGUGGUGCUGCUCCUUGGCAGUCGGCUCCCCCACCUCCUGCUGCUGGCCCAGGCUACGGCGGAUACGGUGGCUACGCAGCACCAGGACACGGCUCUGGUUACCCUCCUCAGCAAGCAAUGGGUGCUCCUCCUGGGCUUGGCUCUUCAGGUGGUGCUCCACCACCACCAGGCGCUCCUCCUGGACUUAACGCUCUCUUAGCGCAAUAUGGUGGAAGCCCUCCUCCACCUCCUCCGUCUGGAAGCGCGCCACCCCCACCUCCUCCUGGUUCUGCUCCUCCGCCUCCUCCACCAAGCGAUCAACCACCGCCACCACCACCAAGCUAUUAGACUACAGACUAGUAGCUUGCGGGACAAAGGGACGACUAACACGUCGCAUAGGUGAUUAACACUGACAGAAAGACUGAUUCUAACUGAUGCAGCUCUGGCUUUAAGAGUUCAAUGGAUAUUUUUGUUUCGCGUUGUUUCUAAAUUAGUAGUAAUUCGAAUUCAACGUUGUAUUUUUAUUUCUCGAAAUAGCUCGAUUUGCAGCUAAAUAUAAGCA